CCACCAUGAAGGCUGCCAUGAUCACGCUCCUCGCCGCCGCGGCCGUCGCCCAGGCCAAGGUCGCCAGCUCCGUCCUCCGCGACCUCGAGGUCCAGGGCGCCUCGGACCUCUACAUCACGUUCGACCACGUCUACCCGGUCCUCCGCGCGCUCCCCGAGUCGAACGACCCGAGCGUUGUCCGUGAGGCGCUUGUGACCCACGCGACGUCGACGCAGACGGAGGCGCUUGCCGUCCUCGGUGGCCUCGAUGCGCAGUCGUUCUGGAUCACCAACUCGGUGGUCGUCAAGGGUGCGUCGGCGGAUGUCGUCAACAAGCUCAAGGCGCUCAAGAACGUCAAGACCGUCGACCAGCUCCCGGUCGUGACGGUCCCGGAGGUCAUUAUCGGCGAGACGGGCAAGAACCCCGAGGCGACCAACGAGUGGGGUGUCGACACGGUCGGUGCCCCCAAGGUGUGGCCCACGACCAACGGCAAGGGCGCGGUCAUCGGCUCGAUCGACACGGGCGCCUUCCACACGCACGAGUCCAUCAAGAGCAGCUGGCGCUCGGACAAGGGCUGGUUUGAUGCUUUCAAGAAGUCGGUCAACUCGCCUGCCGAUAUCGACGGCCAUGGCACGCACACGAUCGGCACGAUGGCCGGCUCCAACGGCAUUGGUGUGGCUCCGGGCGCCCAGUGGAUCGCUUGCCGCGGUCUCAUCAACGGCUCGGGUUCGGCCGACUCGCUCCUUGCCUGCGCGCAGUUCAUGCUUUGCCCCACCGACCCGGAUGGGAAGAACGCCGACUGCAAGAAGGCGCCGCAUGUCGUCAACAACUCGUGGGGCGGCUCGAGCACGGACACGUGGUUCCACCCGGCUGCCCAGGCCUGGGUCAAGGCCGGCAUCAUCCCCGUCUUCUCCAACGGCAACUCGGGCCCGGCCUGCUCCACGACGGGCAACCCCGGUUUCCUUGACAACGUCAUCUCGGUCGGCGCGCUCGGCUCGUGGACGACGGACAGCCCCAACGACCUCGCCUUCUUCUCGUCCAAGGGCCCCACCAAGUACACGGGCGCUGACGGCAAGCCGCGCAACCUCGUCAAGCCUGAUAUCGCCGCCCCCGGCUUCUUCACGCGCUCGGCUGGCAUCAAGGCCACGAACGAAUACGUCAAGAUGGCCGGUACGUCGAUGGCUGGCCCCCACGUCGCCGGUGUCGUCGGUCUCCUCAAGAGCGCCAAGGCCGACUUGACGUACGAGGAAGUGUACGCCUACGUCACCAAGUACGCCUACACCAAGACGUUGACGCCCGAGCCGGCCACGUGGGUCGGCAAGGCCAACGCGACGCUCCCGGGCGCACCCAACUGCGGCGGUGUCUCGGACGCCUCGUUCCCCAACAACCGCUACGGUUUCGGUCGCGUCGAUGUCGCCAACAUGUUUGAAGGUGGCAAGCUCAAGCCGGUCAACCCCAACCCUGCCUGCUAAAUUGAUUCGUACUCGUUGUCUGCAUACUAAGUGUAAAUGCAAUCCUUCAUGUUUAAAAC